AUGGAGGAAGUAGAAGAAACAAAUUAUCGGGCAGGGAAUGGGCUAACCAGAAGGGUUCAGGGGGUGGGCGAGGAGCUGGAGGGGGUCACGCUUCCAUCGCCAUUUGCAGCAGAAAUGACUGAAGCUGAAGCAGAUGCACUUGUGAACAACCACCAAGCCCUCUACCAGCAAGCUCUCAAGCACCGUGAGACGAUUGCUAGCAGCGUCGGCAAGACCAAGUGUGUUCACACCCUCUCUGGUGUGCCGGUUCCUCAGAAAAAAUCCCGCGCCGCUAAGUCCGGUGGGCAGAAAGGCAAGCGGAGGAGGAAGGCUGGAGCUACUACAGGCAGUCAAGCUGACUUACCUGCUCCCGCGUCGACCGAGGAGGAGCUUGUCACAGACGGGCUCCCGAACCUUCCUCUGCCAGCAAGUUCCCAGCAGCAGCAGCAGAUCGUUACGAACCUGAACCCUCUGCCCGCGGGUUCUCAGCAGCAGCUUCUCGCGAGCUCUCUCCCGAACCCUGUCAAUGCGCACUGGGUCAGACAGAAUCGCGCACUGCAGGCGCAGGUUGAAGAUCUUAAAGCAACCGUUGACAUCCUGCAGAUUUCGCAAGUUGAAGCGCAGCAGAAGCUUGCCGGCGCCGACUCUGAGUGCGAAAUCCUGUGUUCCCGACUGGUUGAGCUUGAGGCGCAACAGGCGGGCGGGGUGUCGGAGAUGUCUUCAGACGGCCCAAUUGUCAACCCGGCAAAUCUCACAAGGGACAACAAUGGCAACGUGAUUGUGAAGACAAGCCUCGAAAAGAAGGAGUUUGCAGUAAAGGCUCUCGACACUUUCACGUGGCUGAUAACAGACGCGCCAGUGGAGUGCAUGGAGUUCUUCCCAACAUUCGAAGUCUUCCAACCUCACCUCAUCACCAAGUACCAGCUGUGUGGAGUGAAUCGCGACGAGUAUUUCUACGCGACUGGCGGCAGAAUCGAGUUCGAGAAGCUGGUGAUGAAGGUCAUCAAAACGAAACGUUCAAACACCCACAAGAAGGUUCGUUUCUAUGCAUGGGGCGCGGGUGGGUUGGUGGAUGAGAGCAAGUGGCCGUUGCUGGCGGUGGAGCAGAUCAUUCCUUCUAAGAAGCGCACGGAAGAGAAGUGGCUGGAAGAAUUCAGGCAUGAGCCACCCCCUGGCUUACUCUCGCCUGACUGCCAUUCAGAUGCAGGUGGUACCAGCAGCACUGGUGGCAGCAGUGCCAGCAAAAGCAGCAGCAGCAGCAGCAGCAGCAGCAGCAGCGACAGUGACAGCAGGUUGAGCAACAGCGGCAGGGGCAAAGGCAGGCAUGCUGGUGGCAAGGAUAGUGCUGCUGGUGCUGUGGUGGGGAACGUCAAUGGUGACAGGAGGUCGCAUCUUCCUGGGUGCAUACUGCAGAGCGACAGCCGGCAGGCGAGGGACUAUGUGGAGGCAGCAGGCUACGACUACUUUGAGAGGAACGGCCGCUCCCUGCCCUUUUGGAUGGCCUCCAAGGCUAUCAACCAGCUGUAUGCCAACCGUCAUGGCUACCGCUAUGUGAAUCAGGACACACGGGAAUACAACGAGACUCGCCACCCAUCGUGGCUCAAGCUGCUGUUCAUUCGGGAUCAGCUGCGCUGCUGCUGUGCCUGGGCCUUCUAUCUCGACUCAGACGCCUAUUUCCGAAUGGACAACCACCGCCUUCCAAUUGAAGCCUGGCUCGCAGGACUGCCUUUCACGGGAGCAUUCAACUGGAUAAGGGAUCGCUACGGCAUGGAGCUCACCAAUCAGACGUGGAUGCCGCAGUUCCCCAUUGGCCUGCUGGAUCCUCCUCCUGCUGACGUGGCAGCCUGCAGCCAAUCACCCGCUGCCCCAUGUGCAGAGGAACCCUCGGAGGAGCUGAUUGGUCUGUUCGCCCGGAAUUCAGGGGAGGAGAAUGGCGCCUCGGCUGCUCUGUUCAAUGCCUCCUUAGAGUCAAUCAAUGCGGGGGUUAUGCUGCUGAGACGCUCGCCCCUUACCUUCAAGUUUUUGGACACUUGGUAUAACGAGGAACCUUCUAACCGCCAUUUACAGGAAGCCACGUGGGAGCAAAACCGCCUCAACCGCAUUGCACCACUCUUUGCAAAGCACCUGGUGGUCGUGCCGUACCUGGAGCUCACUGGUCCGGAGGGUCGUCAGGUUCGGCAUGUGUGGUCGAUGGUGGGUCGGCAUAGGGACGAGGCACUGAGGGCUGCGUUGUUAGGAGCUUUAUUGGCAAAUGAGUUGGCGACUAAAGAGGACGAUUGGACACCAAGAGGGGUGGUUGAGAAGUGGGCGCAUGAUGAAAUGGAUGCUAGGCAAUAG